UAGACUAUUAUUUGAUAAGUAGAAUAAUCUAAUACAUAUUGCGAUUUUAUAAAAUAAUAAUUAAAAGAGUUUUUUUAUUUAAAUAUAUGUUACAAUAAAUAUUCGUCAGUAUUCGAUACCGACUGUAGCGAAGCGUCUCCGUAUCUAAUAAAUUUAAUCAGUUUUAAGCAACGCAAAGACAGACGCAAGACAUAAGUCUAUCCCUACAGCUCACAGAGUCACUAGUGUAUACAAAGUGUCCUGAUACUACCGAUGACAAUGAUGGCUGUAUUUUAAAGGUAUCGCUGAAAGCACCCAUCGGUAGAAACAAUUACAUGAGCUUUUGCGGCGGUUCUGUGAUCGCGGUAAACAAGGUUCUGACAGCGGCGCAUUGUGUCACAGAUGAUGGAAAUAUAUGCGAUAAAUUGUGUAAGACAUAUAAAAUAAGAAGCUUAAUGAAGUUGUUUGUCGUGGCGGGGACCCUACGCAACCGUGCAAGAUACCAAAGAGACGAUCAAGGUACUGAGCAGUGGAGAAGAAUGACAUAUGUCACUGUACCGAAUGGUUACUGGUUUCCUAAAAACGACAUAUCCGUAGCAUAUAUAGAUUUUCCAUUUGUGUUUAACGCAUAUGUACAGCCUCUGCCUCUUGCCUCGCGUAAUAUAGAAUACGGAUCUAUGGAGUGCCUUGCAUCAGGCUGGGGAAGGAUAAAUAAACGAUUAAAGGGAGGUUCCGACAUACUGUUGUGGGCUUACCUGCGGUUGAUACCUGGCUACCGGUGUUCACGCAUACAUAAACAAAACAUGAACAAGUUCAUAUGCACUGCAUCUGACGUAACGAGUAUUUUAGAGGGUGAUUCAGGAGGACCACUGGUGUGCAGAAAUACUAGAGACCCGAACGACAGAGGCCAGGGAGUAAUUGUCGGGGUGGCGUGUGGGUAUCGGAAAAAAGGGUUUCGUCACGACGCCUUCUUCACAAGAGUACCCAAGAUUUCGCGCAGAGGCACUAGUGUAAAACAUAAGUGUCAGGAUACUACCGAUGACAAUGAUGGCUGUAUUUUAAAGGUAUCGCUGAAAACUCCCAUCGGUAGAGGCAGUUACAUGAGCUUUUGCGGCGGUUCUGUAAUCACGGAAAACAAGAUUCUGUCAGCAGCACACUGUUUAACAAAAGAUGGAAAUGUAUGCGAAAAAAUGUGUAAGAAAUUCAAAAAAAGAAGCUUAAUGAAGUUGUAUGUCGUAGCGGGGACUCUACGGAACCGUGCAGUAUACCAAAGAGACGCGGAAGGUACUGAGCAGUGGAGAAAAAUGAAAAAUGUCAUUAUACCCCGCGGUUACUGGUUUCCUAAAAACGACAUAUGCGUAGCAUUUACAGAUGCUCCGUUUGUGUUUAACGAAUACGUAAAGCCUCUGCCCCCUGCCUCGAAUUAUAGGGAUUACGGAUCUAUGGAGUGCCUUGCAUCAGGAUGGGGAAGAAUAAAUGAACGACAAACCUCAGACAUAUUAUUGUGGGCUAAACUACGCCUGAUACCUAGUCACCAGUGUUCACGUAUACAUAGACAGGACAUGGGCAAGUUUAUAUGCACUGAAUCAGACGUAACGAAUGUGCUACAGGGUGAUUCAGGAGGACCAUUGGUCUGCAGAGGUACUGGAGACCCGAACGACAAAGGCCAAGGAGUAAUUGUCGGAGUGGUGAGCGGUGCCCGGAUCCGAAAGUACUCGCGUCGUUACGACACCUUCUUCACAAGGGUAUCCAGUUACGUGAAAUUUUUAAGUCUAAACGAAGCAACGAUAACCACGCCUGUGUUUUGUAUUGUUUUACUGUCGCAAAUUAUAUCAAACUUUAAUUGACAUUA